AUGAAUAUUCGUGAAAAGGGAAUAUCAAGAAUAGCCGCAACAACUCUUAGACCACGUUCGGGUAACGAAUAUCAUAAAAUCGAUCGCUCAAUAUUAAAUGGAGAAUUUGUUAAAAAAGGACAUUAUGCAAAUAUAGGUCCACUUCCAGAAAAGGCUGAAUCCCCAUCGCCCGGUUAUAUGAGUAGUUCACCUGCACACGAAGUGCAAUACACGGACUUUUAA